GCCGUCCGCGUUACAGAAUAGAUGCUUUAGCGGGUCGGUCUUCCCUAGAGCAGCGGUUGGUUAGUCCCGGAACAGAGUCAGAAUCGAGAUCGAGUGGUGGAGUCAGUCAGCGAUCAGAAGGACUCACUCCUGUAGGACGUAACAACAGUAACUACGCCCUCGGAAGAGAAAGGAACCCUGUGUGUGUGUGACUGGAAUUGACCGGGAUUUCGGGAGUCCGUGUUGAAUUAGCUCGAAUGGUAUUGAGUAGAGUUAGUGAGAGUGUCCGCCGGUGAUCUUGAAGAACUAGCGCGUGCCGUUGAAAGUUAGUCAACCGAAAAGUAUUUGCUCAAACAAAUUAGUGUGCCUCUUGUAGAAGACCCUUGGUAGUGGUUGUGGCGCGGUCAAGAAAGUGUUUGGUCAAGGUCGCGGUACAGCCUGCCAACCGGUCGGUGGCUAGAACGAUAUGCCAAUCGAUUGAAUCGGGGUAGAGAACGUCAACAGUACUGGAGAUUGGAGUUUGGAGACACAAAAAUGGACCAACUAUUUUACGGCAUUUGGCAGCAGCAGCAGCAUCAGCAGGUUGACACCAUUCAGGACACCUCGGGAAUGCAUCAGUUCUGAAACAUCUUGAGAUCCUUGAAAGCUAGAAGAGAUCAGAUUAGAUAACGGAUUGUUCCGGGCACUGCACAGCAAACUUGAGCACUCUCUUUCGAUACUUCACCGUUAGAAGAAGUACACUUCAGGAAGAGAACAUCGCUACCGUGAGCUCAUGUUUGGAGUUGGGGAGAAAGAAAAUAAAGAAAAACAAAGAAUCGGCUACCCCUAGUGCUGUACGCUCAUUGAUCAUCAUCGACCAACGAGUCCACAGUAGAAGGAGAUCCGCCGAAGGAGUCCGCAGAAACGAAAAUUGUUUAUUUUGUAGCUGACAUAUACAAAAUCAUUGCACAUUUGAGUAGAAUGGAACAAAUUGUUAAUUUGAUUGUUUGCUUUUUAAUGAUUUCAACCAUCGACCGAAUCCACAGCUAUCCAGCCCCGAGUGAAAUCCUUUCUGGGCCAGAGUUCCUAUCGCUGCUCAUGGAGCCGGAAGUCAGGAGCAGUCGAAGCAGUAGUAGUUACAAAAGCACCGACAGUCCUCGCUUGUCAUCAACACACAGAGGAUCGCGAAAGUUUAGUCAUGUUUACUACGGACACGCCGAAGACGAGGAAAGUGUACUGCCGAUCGAAGCGCUGUUUAACUCCCAGGAAGAUUUGGCUAGAAGUAGUUCCCGGGGGUAUGGCUACAGGAGUAAGUAUCGACCCCGUAGCGGAAAGUUGUUGUCGAGUACCAGUACGACGACUACAGAAGCAGCUGGUGAUGAUCUGGCAGUGGCUGCCAGCGAAAUUAGUAUAAGUUCCAGUGAAACAACCAACAGUGGUGGGGAGAUUGAGAGCACUACGACAACGGUGCUUUUCUCAGAGGAGACAGAUGCUACGUACAGCAGUACGGUGACAAGCACGACUUCAACAAUAACUUCAACUAGUCAACGAUCGUGGUUGAACACACGGAGAAAGACUCUUUCUACCACCAAGUCAUCGAAAAUACUCGCAAGUGAAAAUGAACGUACGGUUGACUCGAACUCGUACCGUAGUGAGUUGACGAUAGAAGAGUCUGCUCCGUCAACGAGCGGAACCGAGGACGUGCACGGCGAGUCAAGCAACAUCCAUCGCGUCAUAGCACCACUCGGCCAACAACAAGCACGUGGGCGCAUGCAACGCAAACAGGACUCAGCAGCAACUCCUCUUCAAACUGUCAUCUAUCAUGAUAAAAAGAACGACAAAGAUCAACCUCGCUCCGUUUCGUACAGCUUCAUAGGGGAAACUGCACCAACGCUGAAAACAUGGAAGGACAUUGACGAAGAAUAUCUACCACUGAAGAACGAAUCUGAUAAUACCCCGGUUGAAACGGUGGACACUCCUACGACCGUUCAAGUAAUACUUGAACCAGCAAAAAUCUGGUCAGAACCAGAGAAAAACUACAGUGAACCUGCAAAGGUUUGGUCAGAACCUGCAAAGAUCUACUCAGAACCAGCAAAGAUUUACUCCGAGCCAGCAAAGAUCUACUCAGAACCGGCUAGAAUCUAUUCAGAGCCGGCAAAGAUCUACUCCCGGCCUUCAAGCUACUGGCAGACCCUGUACGACAAACCUAAACCUUCGACCACAUCUACUCCAAAUCCGUCCAAUGAGCCGAAACGUCUCGUCUUUAACGAACUUGACAAGAUCCCGUACGACGAGUUGAACGCCCCUGCUGAUGGUGACGAAACUGGAUCAAUUCACAACGCCAUCGGAAAGUUUGUCCCAAAACAGGUGCACGAGCCACCAAAAAAGCAACUUCACAAACCAACUCCUGAUCCCACGGAAAUCAUCGAUCCAUACGUAGAAAAGCAAGGCGCCGGAAAUGGUGAUUCAGCCACCGUCGUACAAACCCUAGCUCCAGCCGCUGGAUCGUCGGAAGACUCCAAGGUCGGCUACGUAGUUGAUGGGCGCAACUAUCGCAAGUACCGUGUAGAGGAAAAAACGCCGGACGGUUUCAUCGUCGGGGAGUAUGGAGUUCUUAGUCAUAACGAUGGGAAUCUCCGCGGUGUUCGCUACACUGCCGACUCCGACAUAAAUCCUAGAUUAAUUUACGAUGCGUUGCUUAAGUUUCUGUCGCUGUGAAGGCUUCAUUGGUAUAAGGCGGGAUGAGAUGUGGUCUGAAGAAAGUAACUGUUGCCAAAAAGUCAACUUUCUUCCCUUAGUGGCACCGAAAUCAAAUGAAGAAUUUCGAAUCAAAACUUACGGAGACAUGCAUCACACGUCGACGAAUACAGUAAAGCUUCGAAUUUUUGACAAUGUAUGCCACCUGACGAGCAAAGUGUUGGUAAUUCUAAAAUCAUCUGCAGGCUUGACAUCAACUAAAAACCUUACUGCCAAUAUUAAUAUCACCAAAAAAGACAUUUACGACGUCUCUCGUUCUCACAGCAGCGCGUCAUAAGACUUUUUUGGGUAGACUUUUUGUUGUCAACCCAUCGAUUAGGGAUUAUUUAAAUAUUACGUUCAGAGAUUUUAGGGAUUUCAGAAUCCACGCUCCCUCCGCUGUCACGCACUCUUCCUAUUCUUUUAAUAUGGUCUGUCAUAAACUCCAGACACCCCUCCUAUCUCCCCCUAUUUAUGUAUUUACGUAAUUUUUGAACGAAUUUUCGAAACGUUUUGAUCGAAACAAUAUCACACGUUCAUUUUGAUAGUGUGAUUGAUCUCCAUGAAAAAAAUACGGUUUAAAAAGUGACCAACUACCAGGGGUUCAGUAUACACGCAACACAGUCAAGCUUAGAUUGAUCUAUCCAGAUUUUUAAGCGAAGAUGGGGUUACGAAUGGUGCACGCCCGCAACGUCAAAAUAACGCAGUGCUACCAACAUUACAACAAACAAUUUUUUCUAAUGUUGGUACUACUGCGCGUUUUCGACAAUUCGGGAGUGCACAAUUCAUAAUGCCAUCUUCGUCUAAAAAUCUGGAUAGCCAAUUUGGAAACAUCACAACCAGGCAUGUUGAUAAUGCAUUGUUGUUUGGGUUUAUAUUCUCAAACUAGCGGGGUUUUACUGUUUUUGUAAAAUCAUCAAUAAAAACCACAUUUUUAAAGGGAAGAACAACUUAUACAUAGUCGAUGCCAUACAAAAUAUCGCUGCUCUUUUUUACUUUGCGUCGUUAACUUAUUUAAUUGAAUUGACGAUAAAUAACCUGGCGACUACAAAAUCAUUGUAGUUAGCACGAAAAAAAACCACGCGAAACAGUUGGAACACGUCAAACUCACGAACAUUGAAUUGAAUGUGAUAGUAGAAUAGGGUAAAUAAUUUAUUAGUCAGGCUACUACUAAGAGAAGAUUCAAAAAAACUAAAAGUACAUAAACAAAAGCAGGAUAUAAUACCACGAAAUGCUCAAAAUGGAUCACUGCUGAGAAUAUUGAUCAACACUUCAUUAUUCUUGUCUAAUUUGAAAAAUAAAAAUAAAAUGGAUAUAUAAUUCUUGCCAUACAAAAUCGCACUGAAACAUGGUAGAAGUAAGAAAUUAGUAAGGAUAAUAUAAAUAAGUCAAGAAAACGAACCAUUUGCAACAAAUCGUAAUCUCUUUUCAGGAAAACGUUCUAACCUUUUUCUUAAAAAUUGAGCAAAAUUUCUAUUCAGAUUUCUAAGGUUCAUAGAUUCUGCGGGUAUAUUGGAUGGAGAGUCAUACAAGAUUUCUAAGUUGAAAACAUUUUCUAAAUAUUGAGCUAAGUUGAUUUAAGAGCCGAUAAGACAAUUGACUAAAAAAAUCAAAGUUGCAGUUGCAUCAAUAAAACUACCAUGCUUGCAUUGCACGAGCUUUUUUGAAGACAAGGUUCACUUACUUUUAUAUACUGGUGGCAACUAAAGCUAUUCUUAUUAAUGAAGAUCAAAGCGAAUGAUAAAAGUGUUUUUUGAAAAACUAGGAAAUGAAUCAAAAAGACCACGAGCAGUAUCCGUCAUUUAUGGUAAUCAAAAUGUCUCAUUGAAUUAAAAAAAUCCCCUUUCCGAAA